AAUAUAUAGUUCCACCACAUUACUUCCAUAUAUUUCCCUUGGAUUGGAUCGUCGGCGCCAAAACGAAUAAUAAUCCGGCAAUGGAGUCUUCACGAGGGAAGCUGUCUGCCGCCGGCGUCCUCCUGCUAAUGACGCUCCUCAUGGUGGCCGCCAUGCGGGCGGUUGAGGCACGAGACUGCCUGACGCAGAGUACCCGGUUACCGGGGCAUCUGUGCGUGCGGUCGGACUACUGCGCGAUCGGGUGCAGGGCGGAGGGCAAGGGCUACACGGGCGGCAGGUGCCUUAUCUCUCCCAUCCCGCUCGACGGGAUUCUCUGCUACUGCGUCAAGCCUUGCACAUCCACCACGACAAAAUGAUGAGACAAGACAAGAGCGGUGGGUGCAAUGCAGGCUGACCGGGGGUUAUCAGUUAUAUAUGGACAUCCUACCGUGUCUGUUAAUAACUUGUAAAUGUCUUGGGAAAGUUUGUGGUGAUAAGUUUUAAAUGUCUUGGAAUAAAGUGGGUUCUAUACAGACUUCUACUCGUUAAGUUGUUGGAUUACUACUACUGCUGUUUUUUAUUUGAGG